AUGGCCCCCGCCGACAGAAAAGAGGCCAAGGCUGCCCCACCCAAGCUCUCCGAUGUGAAGGAUCUCAUCGAUGAGGGCACUUUCGAGCAGAUCCUGGAGAUGGACGAUGAUGAUGACUGUGACUUCAGCAGAGGCAUCGUCUAUGGCUUCUUUGACCAGGCCAAAUCUACAUUCACCAACAUCAAGACUGCUCUUGACAAAAAGGACUUGCAUGAGCUCUCGCAGUUGGGGCAUUUCUUGAAGGGAUCUUCCGCCACUUUGGGUCUGAUCCACGUCCGCGACGGUUGUGAGAAGAUUCAACAUUUUGGCAAUGGUCUGGAGGAGAAUGGCUCGGGCAAACUCGCCGACGACGUGGCUCUCAAGAACAUUGAGAAGACCUUGAAGGAGGUCGAGGUCGAAUACGCCAAGGUGGAGAAGUUCCUCCGUCGCUUCUACGGCGAAGAGGUCAAGGACGAGCCCGAGGUCAAGGAACCUGAGGCCAAGGCCGCACCCAAGUCGGAUGCCAAGGAGGAGAAGCCUCUCACGGAUUCGGAAAAGGCUGCCGAGAAAAAGGCCGACAAGGAGCCGGAAAAGACUGCAGAGCCCUCCAAGAACCACGUCGCUGAGGAGAAGCCCAAGGCGGACGCUGAGUUGAAAAAAUAA